UCUUAAGCUGAUCGGCAAACAACCAAAAUGACACUCAAACAUUUUAUUCUCGCACUCGUCCUUAGUAUUGUGGGACUAUCAAAUGCUCAGCUGGAGCGGAGAAUUUAUGUCGGCAUUAGCUAUGAUAAGGCCUUCUUUACCGUUCCAUCUCGUUAUAGCUGGCAAGAAGCUUUAGACAUGUGUCUCCUUAACGGAUGGACAGCAGCCUCAGUCAACACACACUUAGAAAAUGAAAUUGUCUCAAACUUUUUGAAUAGCAGCUCCUAUUUUAGCGAUAUUCCUACAGAGGACCGAGCAUUUUGGAUUCCCGCAACGGAUUUCGAAGAUGAAGGAAAUUUCACAUGGAUUCGAACUCGUCAAACUCUCGAAUAUUCAAACUGGGCAGAGGACAACACUAUGUAUAAUCGAAGCAGAAACUGUGCUAUCAUUCGCAGUAACGGCGAAUGGUCGGAUGAAGUCUGUAGUGGCAGCUAUGACGGAGAAUCGCAUAUACCUCUUUGUGAGAUGACUUUAAUUGAUUAUAGAAACGUUCGGGUUGAUGAUACAGAUCUUACACCAAGCCCGAUUCCAAAACUGACACCAACGGCAGAAUUCGAUGAAUCUUGGGAGACAUAUGGACCUGUAAAUGGUAAACUCUACUAUGCUGACAGAUCGUUUCGAGAAGAUCGUUGGGCAGUAUCACGUACCACCUGUCACGAAAAUGGACUCCGUUUGGCAACAACGGAAACAAUAGAGGAAAUCGACUUCGUUGCCAAUAUGAGUAUGUCCUUUUACAUGCAAAACCAGACCAACUACUUAAUAAACCUCGGUGGAUCGAGUAUUCUCACACAUGAGUGUGGCAUUUCUACAACGAGAUUCUACUGGCACCAUUCUGGUGUCACGUUCGAAAAUUCUUCUCCUCACUUUAGAUACAGAUGCCUAAUGAUGGUCCCUGGAUAUAUGACGAACAUGGACUGCAUCGCCUAUUGGGGCGUAACUGUUUGUGAAGGAGAAGCAGAACCAGAGUAGAUGUAGAAAUUAUAAAGUAAUUUGCUGCAAGACGAUAAAUUAAACGAAAAACGGAAA